GUGCGCUGACUUACUUGACUCUUUCAGGAAAAGACAAGCACAGCGGUGCCGACAAGAACUGACAUCUAGAUGGCAGUAAGACACUUGAAAUCCAAGAUGUUCAUAAUGGGAAAACAACAAAGUGAUCAAGUUAACUAUGCAGCAUCAGGGCCCUAUAGCCAGGCACUGUGGCAAGGACCACAGGGAAUACGUCCAUAGAAUGAGAGUCGAAAUUCAAGAUUCUUGGGGUAUUGUGAAGACAGUUAAGUGUUCGACAGUUUUACAGUGAACAUUGAGUCGUACUGCCAAAGUAACUUCUUUGACAGGAUUUGAUUUUUUGACAAACCUUGGUCAUGUGGUUAAAUGUUGUCCAGUGGUGUGACUUGGUCCUGUGGCGAAACUUAGUUCAGUGACAAGACUUGAUCCUUUCUUGAACCUUGGUCCAAUGGUGAGACUUGAGUCCAAUGGCAAGACUAGCCUCUCUGGCAAGUCUUGGUUCCAUGGCAAAAGCUCAGCCAGUGCCAAGCAUCAGUCCAUUGACAAGCUUCGGUCCUGUGGCAGAAAUCAGUCCAUUGACAAGCCUUGGUCCUGUGGCAAACAUCAGUCUAGUGACAAGCCUUGGUCCUGUGGCAAACAUCAGUCUCGUGACAAGCCUUGGUCCUGUGGCAAACAUCAGUCUCGUGACAAGCCUUGGUCUUGUGGCAAACAUCAGUCUUGUGACAAGCCUUGGUCCUGUGGCAAACAGUCUUGUGACAAUCCUUGGUCCUGUGGGAAAGUCCACCUUGAAGCCAGCCUAUAUUGUAAGGUUAGUCUGGUCCAUCAUGUGAGACUGGGUUAAUGGCACCAAAACAUUCACUCCUAUCAACUGAAAGUAUAAACUGAAAUGGACUUUCAUUGGUCUGAUAACCUGCACAUCACUAUUUGAACAGGAUUGACUAUUGGAAUCUAUAUUCUUCACGAUCUCCGAGUCCCAGACUGUCACCCAAGGAUUCAUU